UGUUUAGAGUGUGGAAAGAGUUUUAGUGUGAAAUCUAAACUUACUUUGCAUCAACGAACCCACACAGGAGAGAAACCAUAUGAAUGCAUGGAAUGUGGAAAGAGCUUCAGUGACAGUAGAAACCUUUCCUCCCAUCAAAGAACCCACACAGGAGAAAAACCAUAUAUAUGCACAGAGUGUGGGAAAAGUUUCAGUUGGAGCCACCACCUUACUUCACAUCAAAGAACCCACACUGGAGAG